GCCCAGAAGCCCAAAAUGUCCUCAAUGCGUAACGCCGUCCAACGGCGCAACCACAAAGAGCGCGCCCAGCCCCUUGAGCGCGAAAAAUGGGGUCUUCUCGAAAAGCACAAGGACUACAAACUCCGCGCCACUGACCACAAAGAAAAGCGGAAGCGCCUGAAAAUCCUAAAGCAAAAAGCCACCGAGCGCAACCCAGAUGAAUUCUCCUUUGCCAUGCUCUCCUCGACCGUCGAUAAAGUGGGCCGGCGUGUCGCUGACCGGGGAAACAAGGCACUGAGUACGGAUGUCGUGAAGUUGCUGAAGACGCAGGACGUGGGGUACAUCAGGACGAUGCUACAGGUGGUGAGGAAGGAGAGAGCGGAGUUAGAGGAGAGGAUUGUGCUGGAGGGGGAUGAGGUCAGGUUGCUGAGGGAUGGAGACGAGGGAGCGAGUGGGAGUCACACCGUGUUUGUGGCGGAUAGGGACGCACAGAAGGGAUUUGAGGCGGAAGAGUGGUUUGGGACCGGGCAGGAUCGGGUUGGGAGGGUGUGGAAUCGACCGAGGAAGGAGAAAGAGACUUCAAAGGAGCUGGACGGGGAUGCCGAAGUGCUGCAGAAGAAGCCUUCGAAGAAGCAGCAGGAAGCGAAGGAUCUUGCGCGGAAAGAAGAGAGGGCAUUCUUGAAGAGGCGCGAGCGGACGCAAGCGAGGAUUGCAGGACAUCUAGAAGCUGUCAAAGCACGGGAACGAGACUUGAUGAUUGCAGAAGAGGAAUUGGAGAAGCAGCGAGCGAAGAUGAAUGGCACCAUUGGUGGUGUCAACAAACAUGGCGUCAAAGGCACUCAACAACAUAUACCACAGCUCAUGGACUGA